CAAAGCCGCAUGUUAUCGAUAACCGAAAUUUAUUUGGUGUUAUUUUUCGCAAAAAGAGUUUUCUUUAGCAACGAAGCUUUUUAUAAGUAUUAAGUGAUCCGGAAUGAUAUCCCUACCCGACACAGACAGCGAGGAUGAGCUGCCACCCGGCUGGGAGGAGCGUGCCACGGAUGACGGCACCGUUUGCUAUGUGAACCAGCAGGGAAAAACAUCACAGUGGACACAUCCACGUACGGGUCGCUCCAAACGGAUCACGGGCGAGUUACCCCUGGGCUGGGAGAAGUACUACGACGAGCAGGGAAAGCGUUUCAUGUUCCUCAACAAGGAGACGCAGCAACGGACGAAUGUGGAUCCCCGUUUGGCCUUCGCCGUGGAGGAGCCCACACAGAAUGUGGCCCAGGUGCGCCAGCGUUUUGACUCCUGCUCCACGGCGUUGCAGGUGCUGCACGGCAAGGAUUUGCACGGACGCACCGCCUUGAUUACGGGCGCUAAUUGUGGCAUUGGCUACGAGACCGCUCGUUCGCUGGCCCAUCACGGCUGUGAGAUCAUCUUCGCCUGCCGCAACAGAUCCACCACCGAGGCGGCCAUCGAAAGGAUUGCCCAGGAGCGGCCUGCAGCCCGUGCCCGCUGCCGAUUCGCCGCUCUGGACCUCAGCUCUUUGCGUUCGGUGCAGCGAUUUGUCGAGGAAAUCAAGCAAAGCGUUAGCCACAUUGAUUAUCUCAUCCUAAACGCCGGAGUUUUUGCACUGCCCUACACGAAGACCGAGGAUGGUCUGGAAACCACAUUCCAGGUCUCGCACCUGUCGCACUUCCACCUCACCUUGCAACUGGAGACUCUGUUUGAUUACAAAACACGGAUCGUUGUGCUGUCAUCCGAGUCGCACAGAUUCGCCAAUCUGCCCGUGGAGAAUCUGGCGGUGCAUCAUCUGUCGCCGCCGCCGGAGAAAUACUGGAGCAUGAUGGCCUACAACAAUGCCAAGCUGUGCAACGUCUUGUUCGCCCAGGAGCUCGCCCAGCGUUGGAAGCAGCGCGGCAUUUCGGUGUUCAGCCUGCAUCCGGGCAAUAUGGUGUCCAGUGAUCUGUCGCGCAACUAUUGGUUCUACCGCCUGCUCUUCGCCAUCGUGCGUCCCUUUACCAAGUCGCUGCAACAAGCAGCUGCCACGAGUAUCUACUGCGCCACGGCCAACGAGCUGACCGGAUUGUCUGGACUGUACUUCAACAAUUGCUUCUUCUGCGAGCCCAGCAAGUUGUCCAAAAGUGCUGCACUGCAGCAGCAACUGUGGAAGCUCAGUGAGCACCUGAUUGCCGAGCUUGUGGAGGAGUAGCAGCACAUACUCCAUAUGUACAUAUAUGCAUUAUGAUACCAUUGAUUCCAUUAAGUCUAAAUAUAAAUCAAAAUGUUAGUACA